AUGGCUUAUCUAAAAAUUUCUCUCUUCCGCGCCAUUCAUCUUCAUUGCUUGGUCUUUUGGUCACUAUGCCUUCUCACUUCAGGACUUACAGAAACUGAAGCUCUGCUUAACUGGAAACAAAGUCUUCCAUACCAACCAAUUCUGGAUUCAUUGGUCUCACAACCUCUCACCAAUUCCAGUGCAGCUCAAAACCCUUGUUCUUGGCGAGGAAUCAAGUGUGAUCCUUCUGGAAGUGUGAUUGAACUGGACUUGAAUAACACUGGUCUCAAAGGUACCCAUCAAAACUUGAAUUUCUCUACGUUUCCAAAUCUUCUUCUUCUUAAUCUCAAAUUUAAUCAGCUCACUGGCCCCAUACCAGAAACCAUUGGGUUGCUAUCAAAACUCCAAUUCCUUGAUCUUAAUCGUAAUUAUCUCAAUGGCACUAUUCCUCUUUCUCUUGCUAAUCUCACUCAACUCUAUGAGCUUGAUCUUUCACAAAAUGAUAUUACGGGUAUUUUAGACCCUCGUCUAUUCCCUGAUGGCAGUGAUCAACCCAAAACUGGCUUGAUUGGAAUAAAAUAUCUUGUGCUUCAAGGCUUGCGCCUUGGUGGCAAGGUUCCAAAUGAAAUAGGGAAUUUGAAACAGUUGACUAUUCUAGCUCUAUAUCAAAAUGGCUUUUACGGACCUAUACCUCUUUCUCUAGGGAAUUGUACACAUCUAAACAUUCUCUCUUUGGCUGCAAACAGUUUCUCAGGCACAAUUCCUCCUAUUCUUGGUAGACUACCCAAUCUAACUGAGAUUCGCUUGUUAAUGAACAAUUUGUCUGGUCAUUUACCACAAGAAUUUCAAAAUCGUUCUUUUACUAUGCUUAAUCUAUCUAAUAACAAUUUCACUGGCCAGUUACCACCACAAGUAUGCAAAGGUGGUGAGUUACUUGAGUUCACUGCAGCUUACAAUAGAUUCACUGGUCCAAUUCCCACGAGCCUCAGCAACUGUACAUCUUUGGUUAGAGUCCGUCUUGAACAUAACCAAUUGACAGGAUAUGUAGAUGAGGAUUUGGGAGUUUAUCCCAAUCUUACCUACAUUGACCUCGGCUACAAUAGGCUGCAAGGUAAGUUUUCUGCAAAAUGGGGUGCCUGCAAGAGCUUGCAAGCUCUUAUGAUGUCUGGAAAUUCAAUAGGGGGAAUUUUACCGAGUGAGGUUUUUCAGUUGAAACAAUUACAAAAGCUUCACUUGUCUUCAAACCAAAUAUCUGGAGAGAUUCCUCCUCAAAUUGGAAAUUCUUCAAGCUUGUACCAUCUACAUCUGGCUAGCAACAAUCUUUCAGGUAUGAUACCAGAAGGCAUUUGGAAGCUUUCUAGUUUGGAGUCUCUAGAUCUGUCAAUGAAUAGAUUAAGGGGACCUAUCCCUUAUCAAAUAGGUGAUUGCUAUAAGUUGCUGAAUUUAAAUUUUAGCAACAAUGACCUUACUGGCAAAAUCCCAUACCAAUUAGGAAAUCUUGUGGCCUUACAAGAUUUUUUGGACUUGAGUUACAAUUCACUUUCUGGAGAAAUCCCUGUUGAUCUUAGUAAACUCAACAAGUUGGUAAGCUUGAAUAUGUCUCACAAUAAUUUGUCAGGUCCUAUCCAUAAUUUUUUAGCAAGAAUGUUAAGCUUGUCAAGCAUCAAUCUCUCCCAUAACAAUUUGGAAGGUGUUGUACCAGAUAGUGGAAUUUUUAAUUCUUCAAAUCCAGUGGAUCUAAGUAACAACAAAAAUUUAUGUGGGAGGGUCCCAGGCUUAAAACCUUGCAACAUGUUAACUGUAAAGACACAUGGUGGAGCAAACAAAAAGAAAAUUGUGACAGCUGUCACUUCUUCUUUGGCUGUGGCAUUGAUUUUGUUGGGAGUGGUUGGGGUUUUUUAAUUCGCUAUAAGAGAAACUCAAAAGCUGUAGAACAUAACACCAGAGCCAGUAAAGAAAAUCUAUUAUGGCACUUUGAUGGCAAAAUUAUGUACGAAGACAUAAUUGAAGCAACUGGGAACUUUGCUGAAAAAUACUGCAUCGGGGAGGGAGCUUUGGAAAAGUUUACCAGCUGAUAUUACCAGGGGAUAGAGUAUUUGCUGUAAAAAAGUUGACAUGUCAAGCUGAGAACCUUGAUAUUGAUAGUAUAAAAGCUUUUAAGAGUGAGAUCAAAGCCUUGACAGAAACACUCACCGAAACAUUGUGAAGUUGUAUGGAUUUUGCUCGCAGAAGUUGCACACAUUUUUGAUCUAUGAGUACAUGGAAAGAGCGAGCUUAGCUGAUAUGCUUAGAAAUGAUAAAGAAGCAUUAGAGUUGGAUUGGUCAAUGAGGUUUAAUAUUAUAAAGAGUGUAGCACAAGCUUUAUCUUACAUGCACCAUGAUUGCAAUCCACCAAUUGUUCAUAGAGAUAUAUCUAGCAAAAAUAUUUUACUGUCUUCAAAUCUGGAAGCCCAUGUCUCAGAUUUCGGCACAGCAAGAUUCUUAAAGCCUGAUUCAUCGAUUCGGACAACAUUUGCUGGGACAUAUGGCUAUGCUGCUCCUGAGCUUGCGUACACAAUGGCAGUGACAGAGAAAAUUGAUGUCUAUAGCUUUGGUGUUUUGGCUAUUGAGGUGCUUAUGGGAGAGCAUCCUGGAGAAUUAAUAUCCAAUACCCAAACAAGCGGGAUGAACCAGAUCAACUUGAAAGAGAUUCUGGACCCUCGUUUAUCAUCAACAAAUCAGCAAAACUUGAAGAAAUUGGCUUUGACUUGGCAUCUAGCUCUUUCAUGCUUACAGGCAAACCCUCGAUCUCGGCCAACCAUGCGAAAUGUUGCCCAGUUGAUGGAAAUGGAGCGUGCAUAGGAGCCAUGAUCGUUGAUUGGCGUAUGUCAGCUUUUUUUUUUUUUUUUUUUUUUAUAGAAACAAAAUAAGCAUCUGAAGCACAUAUAAUAUCUCAUUAGGACACGUGCCUGUGCCUGUCCCAAGCGUUAAGAAUUCCAUUUUCUUGA